GGCACCUGGAUGUAGGAAGCACGACAGAGGAGUUUGCAGUUGGUACAAUUGCCCGUGUGGUUGGCAAUGAGUGGGAGAACUGUAGAUAGCAGGGAGAUAUUGAUGGUCUGGUCAGCUGGGCAGAAAAUGGGCGAGUGGGAUUCAGGAGACUGUAGAUGCUGGGAUCGGGAGCAGAAAACAAGCUGCUGGAGGAACUCAGCAGGUCAGACAGCAUCUGCGAAGGGAAAGGGAUGGUUGAUGUUUCAGUUUGAGAUCCUGCAUCAGGAAGUUGCCCUCCAGUCCUUGGAAAUAUAUCGCCGUUCCUUCACCUUCGCUGAGUCAAAAUCUUGGAAACUCCUUAACAGCAUUGCUAUGUCAGUGCCCGGCUUGAAGAGGAAAAGCCCAUCUUUUCCAAGCAGAGAAUUGACUUCACUCCUCCUAGUGUGAUCACCCACCUAGUGGUGUGCAACAAUCAGCUGUGCAUGAGUAUGGGCAAGGACACACUGCUCAGGAUUGAUCUUGGAAAACCAGACCAGCCAAACCAGAUUGAAGUGGGGCGCAAAGAUGAUGCCAGGAUCCACAAACUGUUCCUGGACCCCUCGGGAUCUCAUCUCCUGAUCAGCCUCACCUCCAAUGAGUGUCUCUACCUCAACAGAAAUUCUCAGAAAGUGAAGAGCCUCUCCCGCUGGAAAGGACACUUGAUUGAGAGCGUUGGGUGGAACAAACAUCUGGGCAGUGAGAGCAGCACAGGCCCCAUCCUGGUGGGGACCAGCCAGGGGCAGUUGUAUGAGGCAGAGAUUGUCGUGUCGGAGGAGCGGCUCUUCAUUUCCGGUCCCGACCAGUACUUCAAGAACGUGUACAACCUGGAGGAGGAUGGGUCCCCAGCUCCGGUCUGCUGCUUGGAGAUUGAGCGAAGUGCUGACUCUCGGCUCUUUGUCAUUGCCACCACGCGGAAGCGGUUGUAUCAAUUUGUGGGCAGGGCCCUAGAGAGUGCUGAUCCACACAUGUUUCAGCCCAUGUUCAGCCAGUACACCAACACCUUGCCCAGCUUCCAGGAGUUCCCGGCAAGCCUGGGCUACAGUGAGAUCUCCUUCUACACCUCCAAGCUGCGGUCUAGCCCCCGAUCAUUUGCUUGGAUGAUGGGCAACGGUGUGCUGUAUGGCACCUUGGACUUCACCCGGCCUGAUUCCCUUCUCAGUGACGUGCAGGUCUGGGAGUACUCGGCUGACAUUGUCCCUGAACUUGAGCCUCCUCGAUCCAUCGUCCUUACCCAGUUUCACUUCCUGCUGCUGCUGCCUGAUAGAGUGAAGGCCAUUUGCACACUGAAUGGGCAGCUGGUCUUUGAGGAUGCAUUCCCUGACAAGUUUGGCCACCUUCUCCGCAUGGUCAAAGAUUCAGUGGCUGGGCUGAUAUGGAUAUAUACGGAGAAGGCGGUGUUCCGGUACCACAUUCAGAAGGAAUCACGGGAUGUCUGGCAGAUGUACAUGAACAUGGGGAAGUUUGAACUGGCUAAGGAGUAUUGCAAAGACCGGCCUGAGUGUCUGGACACUGUUCUUGCGAAGGAGGCAGACCACUGCUUUCGAAACAAGAGGUACGUGGAAAGCGCCAAGUACUACGCACUGACUCAGAAGUACUUUGAGGAGAUUGCUCUGAAGUUCAUUGAAGCCAAGCAAGAGGAGGCCCUAAAGGAAUUUCUUCUGAAGAAGCUGAAGAACCUGAAGUUGGAGGACAAGACUCAGCUGACGCUGCUGGUGACUUGGCUGGCUGAAAUCUACCUGAACUGGCUGGGCACACUCGAGGGGGAUAAGGGCAAGCAGAACCAGUUUGAGGCAACCAGGGAGGAGUUCCGCAAGUUCCUGAGUGGCUCCAAGAUAAAGGAGUGCCUCCUGAACAACCGCUCGACCAUCUAUGACCUUCUGGCCAGCCACGGCAACGUGGAGGACAUGGUCUUCUUCUCUGUGAUCAUGCAGGACUAUGAGCGGGUGGUGACCCACCACUGCCAACAUGAUGAUUAUAGUGCGGCGCUGGAGGUGAUGUCCAAGUGUCAGGACCCUGCUCUAUUCUACAAAUUUUCUCCUGUCCUCAUGCAGCACAUUCCCAAGCAGGUGGUGGACGCCUGGAUCGACAUGAGGAAGAGGCUGGAUCCCAAAAACCUUAUCCCAGCACUGGUCAACUACAGCCAGAUCGGGAGCUCGGCACAGGUCUGCGAAGCUAUUCGCUACCUUGAGUUUUGUGUGCACCAGCUGGAGGUGACGGACCAGGCCAUUCACAACUACCUGCUCUCCCUCUAUGCAAAGUACAAGCCCAAGGCCCUGCUCUGGUACCUGGAACAGGCGGGCUCCAACACAAACUGCAUCCACUACGACCUCAAGUAUGCACUUCGUCUGUGUGCAGAGAAUAACCAAAAUCAGGCCUGUGUGCACAUAUACAAGACCAUGGAACUGUAUGAAGAGGCAGUGGACCACGCUCUCCAGAUGGAUGUGGACCUUGCUAAAUCAUGUGCAGACAUGCCGGAGGAUGAUGAGGAGCUCCGUAAGAAGCUGUGGCUGAAGAUUGCCCGGCAUGUGGUCCAGGAGGAGAAGGAUGUGAAGAAGGCCAUGGUCUGCCUGUCCAGCUGCAACCUGCUGAAGAUUGAAGACAUUCUACCCUUCUUCCCCAACUUUGUGACCAUUGACCAUUUCAAGGAGGCCAUCUGCAGCUCUCUGCAGGAGUACAACAAGCACAUUGAUGAGCUCAAGCAGGAGAUGGAGGAGGCAACUGAAAGUGCCAAGCGAAUCCGCGAAGACAUCCAAGAAAUGAGGAACAAAUACGGGGUGGUGGAGUCUCAGGAGAAGUGUGCGUCUUGUGACUUCCCACUGUUGAACCGCCCCUUCUAUCUGUUCCUGUGUGGCCACAUGUUCCAUUCCGACUGCCUGCUGCAGGAAGUGAUCCCCCACCUUUCUCCCUUCAAACAGAGCAAACUGGAGGAGCUGCAGAGAAAGCUGGUGGCUGCUGGUCAGGCUAAAUCCCGACAACGCUGCAAGGAAGGUGAGGCCAGCGACCAGGGUCAACAGUCCCGUGAUCAGAUCAAGUCAGACAUUGAUGACCUGGUGGCAGCUGAAUGUAUCUAUUGUGGAGAGUUGAUGAUUAAAUCAAUAGACAAACCAUUCAUUGACCCACAGAAAAGUGAGGAGGAGAACAGCACCUGGCUAUGAGUGUUCCCUGUGUUUAUUAAUGUUCCUCUCUGUCAGACUGCUGUCUGCCUGAAACAUCAUUGCCUCAGAUUGCAGGGGUUCAGUGCUAUGCUUUGCAAUUGUAACUUAUGCUUCUAUUCUACAGCUUGUGUAGCCUCCUCCGGGUAGCAAAUAAAGGGGAACAUGUUGUACAGUUAAA